AUAUCUUGUUAACAAAUCCUUAUUUUGCAUGUAAAAUAAUUGUGUAUAGCUACAUAUUCAGAUCACAUACAUAAAUUUGUAUUAGCGAAUGACAGUUUAGUGUUUAUAAGCAUAACUGAGUCAUCUGUGGGUCAAACCACAGACUGGCAAGAGGGUGAGUUUUUGCUCACUCACAUGCCAAUUUUCAGAAGCUCUUGAAAGACCAAACCAGGUAGGUGUUAUAAAUUCAGAGGUGCACCAUUCAUUUUUACUUACAGAGAAAACAAACCCCCUCCAUAAAACAAAAGCCCUUCAACGAGGGUAUAAAAAAGGCAGAUAAUCAGAUAAGAUGCUGAUAUUUUUACUAAAGCAGCACAAACAACAGCGCACAUUAACAAUCAACAAACUCAACGCACAAGAAAGUUUUCAGCAGUCAAAAGUGCUUUACGAUCAUCUUGAUGAUGCCAACGUUUACUUUAUAAUGAGACUUUCUAUUACACUGUAAACCCUAAUGCUCAAAAUACUUAAUUGGUUUGAGUAGGACAAACAUAAAUUGAACAAAUUAGUUCAGUUAAAUUAACUACUAUGAGUAUUUAGAACUUUCUUUUUCUUUUGAGUUCACAGCACUGACAUAUUUCAAGUAAACUGAACUGUUUCAUUGUUUUGAGUUGUAUGAACUCAUUUCUUUUAAUUUAGACUACCUUAAGUUUAACUGAAACUGGACUGGGAUUUCUAUUUCCCAGCAUGCUUUGCCCAUGGCACUCGAAAGGGAGAGUAAAUGCUAAAAUUGUUAUAUGAUGUUUUUUUUUGCACAAGAUUAAAUGGAAAGGGAGAUUUAGUAGUGAUUAAUAUUUUUUUAUGCUAAUUUAGAAGAGUUUCUGUUAAUGUGUGUUUUCGGAGAGUUACUAACAUCAUGACAUGUGGCGCAUGUGCUUGGUAUGAGAGCAGCUAAGUUACAUAUUUUAAGUUGCUGUACUCAUUCAGUAAGUGCUAUACCAUGCUAUUGUUAACAUGUUAGCAAAUUAGCAAGUUGGCAGUUUUUGUAUUUUUCUAGGGUUCACAGUGAAGUAAAUAACUCAUUUGAUUUGCAAGAACUCAAAAUAAAAAAAGUUAAUUACCAAAUAUUUUAUGUAAAUUGCUAUCAAAAUGUAUGAGUUAGCUAACUCAGUACUUCAAGUUAGGAGCAAUUAACAUGCAUGAGUACUACAAACUCAAAACUUGAUAGUUCUGCUUACUUAAAAUUGGGAACAUCAUAACUCAAAAAAAUUGAUGUAACUGAUUAUCUCAAUUGUUUUGUGUUAGCCCAACUUAUUCGGGUUUACAGUGUAGCAUUAUGAGGCAGACAUAGUUUAUAAAGGCAAAAGAGUAAAUAUGAGGAGUAGGUAAUUUAGCCUACAAUCUCAGAUGUCAUGCAUGCAGGAUCUAAACUUUAGGACAGGAAUGAAUGAUUAGACUUUGGAUGCCCUGAUUUUUUUUUUUUUUUUUUUCAGAUCUAAAAAAAUCUUCUUAAAAUCUUCUUCAAAAGUAAACCAUGUCCAAGUAUAGUCCAUUUUUGCACAUUAACCUAUAAUAAAACAAUAAUAAUAUUAAUCUGUUAAGAAGCAGGAUGCAAUCUGACCUUGAUUUAUGACACAUGUUGUUUUGAAAAGGUAUUUUAAAGGGCUGAUUUGAAACAGUGAAAUUCUGAUGGUGUUUUUGUUUCUUUAACAUAUCAUUUUCAUAACCAUUUGUUAUUUCUGCUCAUUUGAAACUGCUUCUAACUUUGUUCACAUUAAACCCUGUAAAACUUUACCAUGGCAACGUGAGAAUACGUUUGUGUCGUUUCUGCAGAAAUGAGGGAGGUAUGGAGACGGUCUUUGCUCGGAUGGCAUCAUAGUUGGACGGCACUCCGUCGAGUCAAUAGACUCCCUCCCCCUGCCAUAGAUUUGCUCUGUAAUUCAUAUGGGUAGACUGCCUCUACUCAUAAGCGUCUGACCCUACCUCCCGUCAAACUAAGUCGCUCUUUCGUCUCCCACUUAGCUGUGACAGCCAACCUCCAAUGUGCUCAGUCAGUGGCUAUCGAGAGCGGUCGUUAUUGCACCUGCUUCGGUAGUGGUCGUUGGGUAGCAUCCAUCCGGUACGCGCGACAAGACCCUGUGAGUGACUAAACUUUAAAGAUCCGAAGAGAUCAUUUAACGUCAUGGACGUAAGGCUGCAUCUGAAGCAAACUGCUUUUCUGUGUUUUAUCAGCCUGCUUUUGACGCCUUGUGGAUUAGCCUGUGGUCCUGGUAGAGGGUAUGGAAACCGAAGACACCCAAAGAAAUUAACCCCGCUGGCUUACAAGCAAUUCAUUCCCAACGUUGCCGAGAAAACGCUUGGGGCCAGCGGCAAAUACGAAGGCAAAAUCACAAAGAAUUCAGAGAGAUAUAAAGAGCUGAUUCCGAAUUAUAAUCCCGAUAUCAUCUUUAAAGACGAGGAAAACACAAACGCUGACAGACUGAUGACCAAGCGCUGUAAGGACAAGUUAAAUUCAUUGGCGAUAUCCGUCAUGAACCAGUGGCCGGGCGUGAAACUGCGCGUCACUGAAGGCUGGGAUGAGGAUGGUCACCAUUCCGACGAAUCUUUGCACUACGAGGGACGGGCGGUGGACAUAACUACCUCAGACAGGGAUAAAAGCAAGUAUGGGAUGCUAUCUAGGCUUGCAGUGGAGGCAGGAUUCGACUGGGUCUAUUACGAGUCUAAAGCCCACAUUCACUGCUCCGUCAAAGCAGAAAAUUCGGUCGCAGCUAAAUCAGGGGGAUGCUUUCCUGGAUCUGGUACAGUGACACUUGCAGACGGGAGGAGGAAACGUAUCAGAGAUCUUAAAGUGGGCGACCGGGUUUUAGCUGCCGACGAGAGAGGAAAUGUCUUAUUAAGCGACUUCAUUAUGUUUAUGGACCACGAUCCGAAAACGAGAAGGCAAUUCAUCGUCAUCGAGACGUCAGAGCCUUUAACAAAGCUCACCCUCACAGCCGCGCACCUAGUCUUCAUUGGAAACGCUUCAGAUGGUUUAGGUGUAACAGCAACAUUUGCCAGCAACGUGAAGCCUGGAGAUAAGGUUUUGGUGUCGGAUGGCACAGGCAAGACCCUCAAGAGCGUUACAGUGAAGAGGAUUUACACUGAAGAGCACGAGGGCUCUUACGCGCCAGUCACAGCUCACGGAACCAUAAUAGUGGAUCAGGUGCUGGCUUCGUGCUACGCGGUUAUUGAGAACCACAAAUGGGCACACUGGGCUUUUGCACCGGUCAGGUUAAGUCACAAGCUGAUGACGUGGCUUUCUCCGGCUCGUGAUUCAAACGUCACUUUUCAGGAGGACGGCAUCCACUGGUACUCAAAUGUGCUGUUUCACAUCGGCUCUUGGCUGCUGGACAGAGACUCUUUCCAUCCACUCGGGAUUUCACACUUAAGUUGAGACUGUAUCACUAUGUGGGCAUCAGACUCAAAUGUAUCUUUAUUUUCUGUAAGAAAAGCCUUAAAGUGUUCACUCAAUAAUUUAUUUGUAUUGGAUCAUCUGUUUCUGAAUACCUACACACCGAUUCAAGCAUGAUGUGACCGUUUUUUUGUUUUGUUUUGCGCAUUUUGUGAAACCUACAAGAGAUUAUAGGAAAUAAGAGAAAGGAUUGAACUUACAGGGCUGUACAGAGUGAAACCGACUGUUCUAUUUUAUUGGAUAAGCAUAGGAUGGCGCUCAAAAAUUAUAUUUUUAUACACAGAUUUGUAUAUUAGAUUUUUGACGGAUCUAAAAGUAUUUACAGAAUCAUAUUUCGUUAUUUGAAAUAGUGAAAUGUACGGAAGCGUGGUAAAUUUAUUUAAACAGUUGCGAUGUAUCAACGAACUGUUCAUGUCAUUAUGUCGAGUAUGUCAAGUGUCAUUGUUUUGACCACUGUUUCAACGUUUGUGUAUUCACUACACCAACAGUUUUUGUUUAAAUGUACAUUUGUUGACAAGAGUACUCAAAAUAAAUUCAUGGUACGAAGUGUGCAAAUUA